GUUUUCCCACAUGCGAUCAGUCGGUGCUGGGGGCUGUAGCGGGAGCAGAGUGCUAGGACUAUUUCCAUGCAAUGUCGUUGUAGUUACAUGUCUAUUACUAUGUCGAAUGACUGAUUUAUCAUCAAAGCUAGCUUAAAAGACAAAGACUUACUGAAAAAGACGGUUACAUUUUUGCAGGCAUAAUUUCAAAGAAAUGGAUCCCAUAAGGAAGUGGACCCCUAAACAAGUUGUCGAUUGGAUGAGAGGCCUGGACGACAACCUACAGCAGUAUGUCCCGUACUUUGAGCGGGAGAAGAUUGACGGGGAGCAGCUGUUGAAGAUCUCCCACCAGGAUCUGGUAGAGCUGGGGAUGACCAGGAUCGGACACCAGGAACUGGUGCUGGAGGCGGUCGACCUGCUCUGUGCUCUGAACUACGGGGUGGAGACAGACAACCUGAAGACUCUGGUGGGUCGUAUGAGAGCGGCGUCCAACAACCUCCAGAACUCAGCGUCUGAGCGCAGGAAGAAUCCGUCGUACGAGAGGAAAAACUCCAACAAACCCCCCAACGACUUCCUCACUGCCGUGGUGGAGCUCAUCGGAGCCGCCAAGAGUCUGCUGGCCUGGCUGGACAGGACUCCUUUGACAGGGAUCAGUGACUUCACCUCCACUAAGAACCGGAUCAUUCAGCUGUGUCUGGAGCUCACCUCCACUGUUCAGAAGGACUGCACAGUUUAUGAGAUGGAGGAGAAGAUACUACAAGUAUCUGUGGCUCUGAACGUGAUCUGUGAGCAGACAAUGAGGAUGACCUCCGACCCCCAGAAGAGUCAGAUGGCCUGUCUGGAGGAGGUCCACAUCACCAACGUCAGACCUGGAGAAGGACUGGGGAUGUAUAUCAAAUCCACCUACGAUGGGCUUCACGUCAUCACUGGAACCACAGAACAUUCUCCGGCAGACAGAACACACAGGAUCCAUGCUGGAGACGAGGUCAUCCAGGUCAACAAGCAGACAGUGGUGGGCUGGCAGCUGAAGAACCUGGUGGGGAAGCUGAAGGCGGACACCGCAGGUGUUAGUCUGGUGGUGAAGAAGAGGCCCUCGGGUACCUGUAGCUUCACCCCGGCCCCCCUGAAGAACAUGCGCUGGAGGCCCCCCCUGGUGCAGAGUGCCCCCAGUAUGCCCAAGAUCCAGUCUCCAAAACAUGCCCCCUCUGAAGCCCUCAUGAAGAAAGAGAAGCAGACCAAUCUGGACCUGUUUAUCCCUCCUCCCCCCACUGUCCCAUACACCCCACGGGAUGGGAAGCCGAAAGUGAGUGUGAAGGUCCAACUGAGACCAAAGGGUUCUCAGUCUCCUAACUCCUUCCUGGAUGAGGGUAGACGACGCUUCACCAUCGCAGACUAUGACAACAAGAUCAAAGUUUGUCCUCCCACGGAGCCCAACAUCCAACCAGCCCCAGUAGCCCGCCUGAGACAACGGACCUCCACAAGGGGUAAACAGCGGCCCCUGUCCAUGCCUGUAGACUCGUGUUUGGGCAUGUCGGAUUCGUCCUCCAGACCCUGGCCUCAAGGGAGGAAAGGAGAGGACAUCCUCCACAGAUACCUGAGUAACGAGCGGAUCGCCACCAUCUCUGAGGAGGCCCCGUACUUUCCCCUACCCUACAGGCCCCUGGAGGGGCGGUCUGGCCAGCUGAUCCAUGGCGUCGACCACAUUAGGGGCUCCCAGUGCUUCAUCAAUGCUGACCUGCACAACAGCACUACCAUCCCAUACCGGGAGGCAUCAUCCAAAGAUUCCCCAGCUACGACUGUGAUCCCUGCUGCUGCUACUCCCAAACAUCCUCCUUCGGAACCCACUUCAAUCCUGGGGGGCUGGCUAGCCCGCCUUAGGCUGCUGAGUCAUUGACGAGUGCCUCGACCUUGUGGAACGUGUUGCCCCCCUCCCAGUGCCUUUACCUUGCUAUCAUCGAAUAAUGGUCUGGCUUCUCUACUCAGUAUUCUGACUUACACGUACCAAACCUGGAACGUUCUGUUGGAACUUGGAGCGCUAAGCAGCCUUUGGAAGCUCUGACGGAAGGUCUUGCUUCAUUUCAACACCACAUGAUGUAGUGGUGGACCAUUGGGUUGGAUCUCUUGCUACAUUUGAACUGGUUUAGAUUCGAUAUGCUGACAGAUUCUGACAGUGUUCCAUCUUUUGUGGAGGGGGUUAAAGAAAAUGCCAAGUAUAAAUAAGUAUUAUAGAAAACAGUGGAGCUUCUGUUUCUGCUCAUUCUCCUUAUCACGAGAAGGAUUAUAAUUCAGGUUUAGGAAACGUUUGCCUUGCUUCUGUAGGUGAACUCUCCUAUGUGUAAACUGUUAAGUUAUUUCGUUUGUGUCUGUCUAGAGACUUCUUUGUAAAUAUGUUUCAAUCUUUUUCAGAAGUUGAUUUGAUUUCAGUUGGAGGUUGAUAAAGAUACAAUGCCUAUCAUUUCUAUUGGAGCUAGUGUGCUCUCCUCUUCAUAGUGUUCCACGUUAUUAUACGCUGGAAAUAACUGCCAGAGUUGGCCUUUUUUUAAGCUACUGUGUGUAUGAGGAAAACUCUUGAUCCAGUGCUGUAACAACCAGUGUCUGUGUGUGUGUGCGUGCGUGUGUACGUGAGUGUGUGUGUGUGAGUGAGCGUUCAUGCAUAUUUUUGUGAAGUUCAGGUAAAAUUUCAAAACAGUGUAACUACUUUAUCUCACUAACUGGUCCUCAAUAAAGCAGGUGUGACCAUAGAUGUGUUUCAACACGUACAGGGGGUGCUGUUUUGAAGCCACCACACCACCAUCUUGGCAUUCCUCCUCCUUUGUAAAAAAUAUUUAGGAAGAUAUGGAAAUGCGUUUAUUAAUGUCUACAUUUAGUUUUUGACACAUUUAUUAUAUUACAGACACCGUAAUUAAAACGUUUAAAUUAUAUUAUAGAAGCUAAACAUAGAAAUAAAACUUUGAAACAUCUAAAAACAUUGUGUUUUUUUAUACUUAAAUAUAGUGCCUUGGUCCUUGAAACCUUUAAUUGCAAUACUGUAGAAUUCCGCCAAUUCCUAUGGAGGACUGCUCCUACUGGGGAGUGCCAAUAUGGCCGAAUGGUGGCUUCAACACCUCUCAAUAGCCAAUACAUAGAAAACGGUGGGACUCACUGUGAAACCAUAACAUAAUGUCAUGACCAGGAAGACACAGUGCCUUAGCAAGAGUAACCAUACAUACUAAACAUAUGGAAGAGCUGCGAAGCUUGUCUUAAAGGAGGAAAUCAGUGUGGUAAUUCCAAUAAGUGGGUCUCUUUAAUAUAUUUCCGCUCCAUAGGACAAGUUUUUACGCAUAAAUGUCGAGCAACUCACAAGACUUUGCGAGUGCUUUGCAAUAUGAAUACCUCUGUAAUAGUUUCAAAACUAUAAUAAAAACGUGCAAUUCA